AUGAGGGGCACACAGCUGGUGCUAGUGGUGCUGCUGGCGACCUGCAGCCGUGAGCUCGUGGUGGCCCUGCAAUGCUACACCUGUCAUGAGCCUACUGGUGCGUCCAGCUGUGUGACCAUCGCCACCUGCAGCGCCAACGAGACCGCAUGCAAGACCAUCCUCUACUCCCUGGAGACAGUGUACCCCUUCCUGGGGGACUCCACGGUGACCAAGUCCUGCGCGGUGCAGUGUGUGCCCUCGGACGUGGACGGCAUCGGCCAGACCCGGCCUGUGUCCUGCUGCAACACGGACCUCUGCAACAUAGACGGGGCCCCCGCCCUGGACGGCGGCCGCAGCCUGGCCUUGGCGCUGGCGCUCCUCCUGCUCUGCAGCCUCAGCCUCUAG